UCGGCAAUCUAGGAGCCCACUUGAUUUCAAGUCGUAAGCCACAUAUGCCGACUUCAUCAAGCCCUUAACUCGCAGGUGGGAUGAUGCACUUGGGGCGGCGGUGGAGAAAAUAAUUAGAACCGUUUCCUUCUACGGCGGUAGCGCGGAGACGUACGUGGAGAGAUGAUACUGGCCCUCCUCUUCGCGAACACCGACGGCAACAUCCUCAUCGAGCGUUUUCAUGGAGUGCCUGCAGAGGAGCGACUGCACUGGCGAUCUUUCCUUGUGAAACUAGGAGCUGAUAAUCUUAAAGGAGCUAAAAAUGAAGAGCUUCUUGUUGCUUCACACAAGUCUGUGUAUAUUGUAUACACCAUCCUUGGAGAUGUCUGUGUUUAUGUUGUUGGCAAGGAUGAGUAUGACGAGCUUGCUUUGGCAGAAGUGAUCUUUGUAAUCACAUCAACAAUGAAGGAUAUUUGUGGAAAACCUCCAACUGAGCGCCUGUUCCUCGACAAAUAUGGAAAGAUAUGUCUGUGUCUUGAUGAAAUUGUUUGGAAGGGGACGCUGGAGAACGCCGACAAGGACAGGGUCGGAAAGUUGAUAAGGCUAAAACCUCCUGCUGAGGCAUGACUUGGAGACCUCUGGCGCUGUAUCUGUCAGAUCUAUAAAACCAGAUGGCCCAUUUCAUGGAUCACCCUUAAUGUUCUCUGUUCAUUUCUCCCACAUUGCUUUGUGUUUCACACUGUGUGUCGACCUUGUUUUAUGCUUACUCUAUAGUUCUCAAAUGCAACAGUUGUCAAUGGGUUUUGUGAAAUGUUUCUUUUAUUUAUUUGUUUACUUUUGAUAUAUCAGAAUUCAGAAAAUAUAUAUCUCACUCUCCCA